AUGUCGCGCCAAGGCGUUCGCAAGUACGAUCCCGACAGCGGGCUCGUCUAUCAAGAAUGCGUGAUCCCUCGCGUGAACAUCUCACGAGAUGAGCUUGACUGGUCGCGCAAACGCCCUACGCCUGUUGUCAAGCCUCGCGGCACCCGCGGACCUCGCUCGCUCGUCGAUACUGUCAUCGAGGUGGUUGGGAAUCAUAUCGGUGAUGUGACUGAUCGCCAUCUGGAAGUACUUCCUCCUCGUCUCGUAAGCCGCAUCUGGCGAUUUCUCGAAGCACGCGGACUAUGUCUUCACGCGUGGAAAAUCUUCUCCAAAGCUCUCCUCCCCCAAGAUGAAGAGAGGACGCUGAGCCUUUACCGUUACCGCCAUCACAUCUGCCAGCCGCGGGUCGAGUUAAAACGAUACAUCGAGCCUCUCACGUCGCCAUCGGUGGAUUUCAUCACUCAUCUAGUCAUCAGUGGCGGCCAGUCUUUCAGCACUUCCGAGAUGUUGUGGUUGACCGAUAUCCGGAAUCUGGGCGUCUUAGAGAUUAUUCGUCCAGCAGAUGAACUGGGCGCCGACUUCCCUGAUGUCAGCGACCGCCUAAUACGAGGCUGGACGGAAAGACCAGAUCCUUUUCCCUUACUGCGUGUCCUGCGUAUCUUUGGUGACGAGUCUACAACUCAGAAAUCGCUCCACUGGGUUUCCAAAUUCCCUUCCCUUGUGCUCUACGACGUAAUCGGGGCGCGAGAAGACUGGCCAACACAUGAGCAAGAGGCCAUCAAUCAAGGCUGGGAGUCUACCAGGCUCGGAAAUAUGGCUCUCGAUGACUCUCUCCUACGCUACCUGACGUUAUUCUCACAUGUUGAUGAGAGACAGGCAAAAAGUCUUCGGGAGUUAGCCCGCAGUGUGGAUGCCGAUCUCCUCUCCCUCUGCGGCGACUCAGGAUGCGAAGUCAAGUUUGUACCGGACCGUCAGGCACCUGAGCUGAUCGACUACCUCACCGACUCAGCCAAGAUCGUCGGCAGCCUCCCGUCCUGGGAACGUAACGGUGCCGCCACGGCCACACACGGCUGUCACGGUACCAUCUUCGAGGCCUGGGCGUUCUGGCUGUAUUCAAUCAUUGGGCAGCUCAGUAAUGAUCGGGAUCUGGAGAAACAAGGCACAUCAGCGGGAUCACAGGCGGUUGCUGGCCCCUUUGUACUCCCUUCUAAGCCUUUUGCCUCUUUGUUCCUUGGCCACAGUGGACGGGGUGGUAUUUCACUUAGUCCGUCAUACGUCAAACACGGCCUUUUUGCCACCAAGAGGUUUACGUUCAUCAGACCCUCCAUCCUACAGGGGAAACCAAUUGAACAGUCGACACUUAAGAAGACCGCUACGAAUGGUGCGAAUUCAGGGGGGCAGCAGGGGCCGGCAAAGGUCAAAAGUCGGAAGAGAAAGGGAUUAGGAGAUAUGCUAACGUCAUUCAUGAAUUGA